AGGAGAGAGAGUGGUAGCUCUUUUUUUCUCUCCUCUCUCUCCUACACGUAAGACUUAACAGUCAGAGAGAGAGAGAGAGAACGAAAAGAAGAGGGAGGAGGCAUAAUAAAACCGUUCCGCCACCACCUCCACCCUCAUUCUCCGAAGAGACCAACCAAAUCACGAAAACGAAGAACACGCACUCACACAGUAAAAUAUUCUUCUUCUCCUUCUUCUCCCUUCAUUGAGGGGUUGUUAUUUUCGUGUUCUUUUUCCUCCCUUAAUUGGGAAUUUUAGUCAUGCAUGUCGAGUGUGUGAUGCAGGAUUUUUAAUUUUACUGUGAUUUCGUUUCUAGGGUUUGGGAAGGGGGAAUAGAAGAGAGAAAAAUAUGCCUUUGUACAAACGGAAGCCAUUCACAUUGGCGGCGAAGCCCAAGGAUUUGAAGCCCCAAGAGCGAGUUUUUCAAGUUCGCUUCACCAAAGAGAUUUUCAAACAGUACACGUAAGUGUUAAUUUUACGAAACUGGGAAUUUUUCCGGGUUUUUUCUUGGCUUCGUUUCGAUUGAGGGUUGUUUGAUGUUGCAAGGGAUUAUUUGGGUCGGAUCAAUCUAUAUCGUCGGCGGGUUUGGACAUGCAAAGUUACAGGGAAGGGGAAUUUGACCUAUGAAGAGGCUUUGGUUUCGGAGAAAGAUGCCAUCAAAAGAGUUCGUCAAAUUCCUAAACAAUUCGUUGCCCCAGUGCUCCGUCAAGUUCAAUUCAGCAUGCUUAAACUGAGAGAUCUUGUGAAUGCUAUUGCUGGGAUGUUUGAGGGACGCCUGUUUGAGGGACGUGAAUUAUAUGGGAUGAAGAACAAUCAGCCUUCUCUGUGUAGAAUCAUUAAGAUUUAUGAGGAUGAUAGUGAGAUGAGAUUUGAAGUUGCUUGGCUUAACAAAGAUCGGAAAGUGACAGAAAAUGAAGUAAUAGAUGAAGAAGUUUUCAUAUCUAAGUUGCCUUUUACUAGAGGAGUCCUAAAGUCAUUUAUUAGGGAGUCAACUUACCGGAAUGGCCCUUGGGUGUUGCAUGAGAAUGUGGCAAGGAAACAUGGGAUUUCAACAGAGCCUCCCGAUGUGAUGAAAGGAAUGGUAUCUUUCCGUAAUGGUUUAGUGGUUUGUAGCAAAAAGAGAAAGAAUGUUGAAAAUCAUCAUGAUGAUCAGGGAAAGGGUAGCAAAUGCAUGGAUGGAACAUUGUCUGAAAAUGCUAAUGAAGAUGGUAAGAGGUUGAAAAAACAGCUCAAAUAUCCUGUUGAUGAUCUUCUAGUUGAUCUGGCUGAAGAUGAUCAGAAUUUGAGAGAACGUCCUAUCCCAUGCAGGGAUUUUGAGAUCCCUAUGGACUGUGUUGGUGAUCUUUUGAUGGUGUGGGAUUUUUGUACUUCUUUUGGCGCACUGUUGCACCUGUCACCUUUUUCUUUGGAAGAUUUUGAGGGCGCUCUUUGCCAUAAGGACAGCAAUGUGGUUCUAAUCAUGGAAUGCCAUUCAGCUCUUCUUCGCUUGCUUAUGAAAGCUAGUGGAAAGUUCUCGUUGUCUAUACAGAAUAGGAAACGCAAACCGAAGAUCACUUUAAUCACUUGGACAGAGUAUCUGUGUGAUUUUAUGGAGAUCAGUGAUAUUUUGGAUUCAACUAGUCACAUCACAACAAUUAAGCGAGGCCACUAUGGGCUCUUGGAUGUUAACGUAAAGUUAGGAAUUUUAAAGGAACUAGUGGCUGAAGGUCUUGAAACAGAUUUGCUGAGGGAGAAGCUGGAUGAGAAUUAUGAUGAGCUUCAGGCAUUUGCAGCAAUCAAAAGAGGGGAUGCUAUUGAAGAAGGUCGAGAGAGAAGGGAGAAGAAGGAAAGCUUGAAAUCGAAAUCUGAUGGGAAGAACAUGUCAGUGUCUCCAGAAAUUGUUAAGGGAAGUUCCACUAACCAUAUAGGAGGCAAUUUAACUGAAGAAAAUGGAAAUGUAUUGAAGACAUCGAGCAAUAAAGCUGUCAUACCACCACAAAAACGUGUAUCAGGCAACAGUGAAGAUGAACAAGCUGAAACCACAGGUAGUAGCUACAUAAAGAAGCAAGCGAACAAUCAAGGUACCGAUGAGGAAGUCAUUCUGAACAAUGCGAAUGACACUUCAAAGAGGAAGAUCCAUAAAUUGAUGAAGGCUGACAUAAGAAAAACAAUUCAAAAGAAGAGUAAAGAGCAAAGAAAAGAAUAUCUCGAAAGGGAGAUGGAGAAAAGGUUUAUACGCCAUACAGCACUGGGAAAAGAUAGAGAUUACAACAGGUAUUGGUUCUUUCGCCGUGAUGGAAGAGUAUUUGUGGAAAAUUCCGACUCUACGCUGUGGGGCUAUUAUAGCUCCAAGGAAGAGGUUGAUGCCUUGUUGGCAUCACUGAAUGUGAAGGGAGUGAGAGAGUUAGCUCUAAAGAAGCAAUUGCAGAAGCACCACGAAAAGAUUUGUUUUGAACUUCAAAAGAGAUCAAAGGAGAUAGCUCUGAAGAUUGCUAUGGAAGAGGCUGUGCUUCGAAGGUCAACUCGUGUGCGUGCUCCUUCAAAGGACAAUCCUGCUCUUGCUUUCCUCAAAUAUGAAAACAAAUGGAAGGAGGAUUGAAUGACUGUUCGUUGCAUACCUUGGAUAUAUAUACGUUCGUUAUUAGAUACACCAUCAUUUCGGUAUUAUACACUUUAGGGUUACGUUUAGGUUUUUUCCCCCAUUCGCGCUCAAACCCAUUUUCAGUAUUUCAUUGGCGGGACCAGUUUUUGGGGAUGAUGGGCUCUGAUGGGGUAAUUUUUCUCUGGAGUCCCUUGAUGAUGGCCUUCAUAUACUUAUUUGGUCCCCUUAAAUUUGUUAGUCAUUCCAUUAUUUCAUUGUAGGGGAGUUUAGAUCCUUCUGGUACUUUUUUGUAGCUUGAUAUGGCUUUUAUUACGUUGAAAUAUUUUUGCCAUUUAUCGAGCAUUGUACUGAAGGAACGGGAAAUUCAGAGGGUACUGCAAGAAUUAGGAAACAAUUUGAAAGCUUUUGAGUAUGAACAACAUUCUUCUAGUGAUAAGAAUUUGAAAGUUGAACUUAUGUAUAUUCUUGAAAUCUCUUUACAAGCGACUGAUUUUCCAGUUACUAGACAUAAAAACACCGGCAUAGGAAUAUUAGCUUAUUUCCAGCCACGUAAUAUGUUCAACAAUUG